AUGAGUUCCAACAGUGGUAGAACCAUCAAGCUGCCUCUCGUACCACUGGCCAAAGGCACGGUACUUUUGCCUGGCGUCACUCUCCGUAUACCUGUCUCCAACCGCCCAGAUUUGACAAACUUGCUAUCGUCCUUGGUGGAUAAACCCUCCAAACGCGACAAUACUACAAUCACAUUCGGUUGCAUUCCAUUCAACUCGCCUUUCCUCAGCCGCGAUGGCUUGCAGCUUAUUGAGGGUGACGAAUCAGAUGAGACACAGAAAGAAGAAUAUGAUGCGAUCGAUGCAGGUCAAGCCCGUAAAGAGGAUCUGUUCCGAUAUGGCACCGUAGGCAAGGUGAUUGGUGUCCAGCGCCGUGCCUAUUCAGAGCCAUUCCUUCUGGUACAGGGCUCGCAACGAUUCACUGUUAAGAGAUUCCUGCGUGACCGACCAUAUUUUGAAGGAGAUGUGACUCUUCAUGAUGAGAACACUUCAUCCAUUCAUGGCGACUCAGAAGCCGCUGAGCUAUUCCAGCAACUCAGACAGCUCUCUCGUGAGCUUCUGACCUUGCUGCGUCUUUCCUCUUUGCUGUCAGCCGCCUCUACACGUCUGUCGCCGCUUGUGGCGCGCAAGUUUGAGCUUUACAUCUCUCAGACUGAGUUAGGACAGGCGGGAAAGCUCGCAGAUUUUAUGGCUGAUGUCUCUGACGCUAGCUUUGAGGAGAAGUUGCGCAUACUGUCAUCCUUUGAUGUGAAGGCCCGUCUGCAAAGAGUAGUUGAUAUAUUGACUCGCCAAGCCCAGCACAUUAAGAGUAGUGUCAAAGUCACCUCCAUUACCACAACCUCAUUCCCGUCGAGCUCAAUUACCGAUAAUGAAACUCGUGAACGAGAUCUACUGGCUCGCCGAGCCAUAGCGGGUCUUGCGGGUCUCACGCCCCGGGACCAGCUGGGGCGCGAACCAAACGAGGUCGACGAGCUAAAUCAGAAGCUCCGCGAUGCCGGUCUCACUCCGGAAGCGCAAAAGAUCGCUGAUAAAGAGAUAAAGCGUUUGCGCAAGAUGAACCCAGCUAACGCAGAGUAUGGCGUUUGCCGUACGUAUCUGGAGAACCUGGCGGAUAUCCCAUGGAGUAAAGUGACUGAGGACCAGCUUGGUCCUGAGACUUUGAAGCGAGCCCGCCAGCAACUGGAUGGCGACCAUUAUGGUCUGGAGCGAAUUAAGAAGCGACUGCUGGAGUAUCUGGCUGUGCUGCGGUUGAAGCAGUCUACCAAUAGAGAUAUGGACCACGAGAUCACGGGUCUUACUAAAGAUCUUGAUGCAGCUUCAUCUGGCGAUCUCGAGAAGGAGGUUCCCUUACUUUCCGAGAGUGAUCGUGUUGCUCUGGAAUCUCGCCUGGAGAUGUUGAAGUCGAAGCGCAUGACUGACAAGUCGCCAAUUCUGCUUCUUGUGGGACCUCCUGGAACCGGUAAGACCAGCUUGGCUCGUUCUGUUGCCACCUCCCUUGGCCGCAAAUUCCACCGAAUUUCUCUUGGUGGUGUUCGCGAUGAGGCUGAAAUCCGUGGUCACCGACGUACUUAUGUUGCGGCCAUGCCUGGUCUGAUCGUCAACGGACUGAAGAAGGUUGGCGUAGCCAAUCCGGUAUUCCUCUUGGAUGAGAUUGACAAGGUUGGAGGUGCAAACUUCCAGGGAGACCCCUCGGCGGCGAUGCUUGAAGUCUUGGACCCCGAGCAAAACCAUACAUUCACCGAUCAUUACAUCAAUAUUCCUAUUGAUCUCAGCAAGAUUCUCUUUAUUGCAACUGCCAACUCACUGGAUACCAUUCCUGCACCCCUGCUUGACCGUAUGGAGACCAUCUCGCUCUCUGGAUACACCACUGUUGAAAAGAGGCACAUUGCCAAGCGCCACUUGAUUCCAAAGCAGAUCCGGUCCAAUGGCUUGGCUGAUGGCCAGGUCGACUUGUCUGACGAAGUUAUCGACAAAACCAUCACCUCGUACACGCGCGAGUCUGGAGUCCGUAACCUGGAGCGCGAGCUUGGUUCCAUCUGUCGCCACAAGGCUGUCCAGUUCGCCGAUGCCGGUGACGCCGAUCGCCUGAACGAAUACAAUCCCGUUGUAAAUGUCGAGGAUCUUGAAGAUAUUCUGGGAAUCGAGCGCUUUGAGGAAGAAAUUGCCGAAAAGCAUGGUCGUCCCGGUGUUGUGACUGGUCUCGUUGCGUACUCGACUGGCGGCCAGGGAAGCAUUCUGUUUAUUGAGGUAGCUGACAUGCCUGGCAACGGUCGUGUUCAACUCACUGGUAAACUCGGAGAUGUGCUCAAAGAGUCUGUCGAGGUUGCCCUGACAUGGGUGAAGGCCCACUCAUUUGAGUUGGGACUGACCCAUGAUCCUAAUGAAGAUGUCAUGAAGAGCCGUAGUCUGCACGUCCAUUGUCCGUCCGGUGCUAUUCCUAAGGAUGGACCUUCUGCCGGCCUCGCUCACACCGUGGCCCUUAUUUCCCUCUUUACCCACAAAGCUGUUCCUCCUCAGAUCGCCAUGACGGGUGAGAUCUCGCUGCGUGGACGUGUCAUGCCCGUUGGAGGCAUCAAAGAGAAACUUAUUGGUGCUUUGCGCGCGGGUGUUAAGACCGUAUUGCUUCCUCAAUCCAACCGCAAGGAUGUUAAGGAUGUUCCCCAGGAGGUCAGCAAUGGUCUGGAAAUUAUCUAUGUUCAACACAUCUGGGAGGCUCUCCGACAUAUCUGGCCAGAUGCCCACUGGCCCAGCCAACAGCACAUGAACCUGAUUGAAAGUCGUCUGUGA